AAAUGUACGUGGAGUCGAUGCUCGUACGCCGAACGCGAUAUUUGAAUUUAAACAUCGAAUUUUCAUUUAUUUAAAGUGUUCUAGCGUAAUAAAAUUGUUUAUGUAUAUUUUCGCGUGUAGCAACAUUUUAUAGUUAGCGGAAUACGUGUUUGCACUAGAGUAGCCGGUAAAUUGAGUCAUGGACUGUCAUAUCUUAGUGAAGAAGUGAUUUCCUAUAGUAUUUAAUUUAUUUAUUAAAAUAUAUUUAAUUUAUAACAUUAACGUGUUGUGUGUUGGCUGUUUGUGAAUACUGGGACAUUAAUAAAAAAAAGAACCAUGGCGAGAAUAAGCUUGCUACUAGUGAUAGCGUGCCAGCUAAUCACGAUCCCGUCCAUCAGAACUGAUGAUGAGAACCCGUUCCUGGACCUGGCAUCAUCAUUCCUGCAGAACAUGGGAGAUGGUGGCAACAACAUGAAUGGCUUGGCAGCUAUAGGAAGCAUCGUUGGGAACCUCAUGCAGGGAGACAAUGCCAAGAACUUGGGCGCCAUGUUUGGUCAAACUGAUAAUGGCAAUGCCGGUGAUAUGCUAUCAGGUCUGGGCAGCCUACUAGGUGGUCAAGAUGGCAAGAUAGAUCCAGCACUAGUAGGAUCCAUGAUAUCCAUGUUUGCCCAGCAGAUGGGAACCACACAGUCCUCAAAACCAGCCAGGCAGAAGAGAGAGAAUAAGGAACCUGGAGAACUCAACUUGGAAAGCAUGAUGACUUUGGCAUCAGGUCUCCUCGGCAACAAGAACGCUGGAGGAUUUAUGCCCUUAGUAAUGAACGUUUUAAGUUCAUUUUCGGAUAGCGAGACUCAGAAACGAGCUGAUGAGCAUAAGGACCAUGCUUCCUUCUUGCCUCCGUUCUUGGAGAAGGCUCAUUUGUAUUGGGACAUCUUCAUAAACUCAGAGUUGGGUAAAACUAUUUGGGAAAAGUCUGGUUUGAAGCGAGGACUGAAGGCGUUUACAGGACCUGAUGGCAAGAUCAGUUUCCAGCAAAUGUUCAAGAACUUUGAGAAUCACUCGUUCAGGAGACACUGGAUUAAGGCUGCAGCGAAAUAUUUGACUGACAUGGUGGUCCAUGUCGCUAAACCUGAAGUUUACAGCAGGUACCUGAUCUCGGCCCAGUACAUCACGAACAGCUUCCUGGACUCCCAAGGCUUCCCCAAGAGCACACACUUCAACGUGAAGAAACCAGAACAGUCCCUCACCACACUGCUGAACCAUGUGCUGAAGAAGUACCUGGAUAUGGACACCGAUGUCGGUGAAUACGUGGUGCCGGCUGUGGAGUAUGUCAAGCAAACCCUGAAGAUGGCAGAAGCAACCACAAAGACCAUGUCUACCAGAGGCGACUACAACGCCAUUGCCGACCGCCUGACUGACACCCUCAACCUGGAGGUCAUUGAACCCGUGCUGAGGGUGUACCGAGCAUACCAGCACUCGGUGAAGGCUCCUCACUGCCAGGAACAUCUCAUGUGUCUGGUUAACAGACAUCAUGAUCAGGAUAAGAAAGGUAUACCAGGCUUCAAGGCUGGUCUCACGAAGCUCAGCAGUUUGGCAGCAUCAGCGGCGCUCAGCUUCCAGAACGGCAAAGGAUUCUUCGACCUGUACAACGCUAUCCAGAACGAUGUCAAUUGUGAAGCGGCGUACCCAGCAGACUGUUCAGCAUUCCACGAACACGAGCUGAAAGUGACCACAGAAGUGUACCAUAGCGAAUUAUAAGUACUUACCUAUAAGUAGACCAACUUAAUUUAUGUAUUACCUAAUUUAAUUUUACCCCUUCCCUACACUUAGGUAAAGAGUGAGCACUAAUUUUAUUUUAUUUUUAUGAUUGUAUUAUUCAUUUAUGUUGUCGGUUUCCAUUUUUAUAAAGUGCACAAUUUAUGAAUUAAUAUUAUCAUGAUAAAAAUCUUCAUUUCUCAUUAUCUCUCAUUGUUUUCACUAAUCCUCACGAAAAAUAUGAUUAUAAAUUCAUCAAUGGAUUUGGGAUUCACAAUUCUUUGGAUCAUUUUCAUAUUGAUCCAUUAAAAUGAAAAUGAUCCAUUUCAUUCAUUAAUUUUAGCACUUCCAAAUAAAUCGUUGCACUUUACUAUUUUUAAUCAUUUAGUUUAUUAUUUAAUUUUUAUUGUAAAAUAACUGUACUUACCACCGUACUCAGAAUCAUUUAAUGAUGACUUAACCCAGUCCUUAUUAGCAAUUGUUUUCGGAACAAAAUCGUUACUAAGGAAUAGUUUAAGUAUUUAUUAAUGUCUCUGAGUGCGGCAGUGAGUGUUACUUAAUUUAAUAUACCUAUAUUUAAAAGUGAUAUUAUGAUGUUCUUAGUAAAAUUAUGUACUUAUCAGUUGUUUACAAUAGAUAGCUACUACACAUCAGUUAAAAUUUACCUUAAAUAAUACUUAUUAGCUCUGUUAUAAUAUUUUAUUCAGAAUUUCAGACCUAUCAAAAUCAUGGAUCAUUAUCAUUUUGAUCUUUACGACAAAACCCAGUUGCAUUUAUGUUUUGGAAAAUUAAAAAAUAUUAUGAUUAUUAAUUAAUUAAAGUAUAUUUAAAUAUUAAAAUUGUACUUAGUAUUGAUAGUUACUAUAAAAUUGAAAUUAAGUAAAAUAAUUUUAGUUUUUGCUGGACAUUUGGUGCUAAAGUUGAUAUUGCAUUUAAUUGACUUCUGCCUACCUUGAAAUGGUAGGCAGAAGUCGAAAUUAUAUAGAUAGAUGUAUUAAUAUAUUAAAAUUUCGAAUCUUAAUAUAAUAAUGAUUUAAAUAUAAUUUUUAAAUAUUAAAAUUUAUUUGAUGUCAUUCUUCUUUAUAUAAAAUGUAAAUACAUUCCAAAUUGAUGUAAGAAAUGGGAAAUAAAACACUUAGACUGAAAAA